AUGAGCAGCAGAAAUAAGCCACACAGGAAGAAGCCCCUCCUCAGCUACGCUUCAGUUCAGUGUUCAGACAUCAUGGAGGUCGGCGGCCUCCGCAUCAAACUCUUGGUCCACAUCUUAUUCCUGCUGCGUGCACGUGUUCAGGACGUUGAUUCACUGAUUCUCCGUCCUGAACCAAACAGACUGCAGUUCUUUGAAUAUGAGUCUCUGACCUUUCAUUGUGAGGGCUCUUACGGCUCGACUGGACUGAAAAUUGUACAUCAGUCCAAAGGACAGACAUGUGGAACUCCAGUGACAUCAACGAGGUCAUCCUGCACAAUGAAAACUCUUUAUUUAGAUGACAAUGGACAAUACUGGUGUGAGUCUGGAGAUAGGAAGACAAGCGACAUCAUCUAUGUCACUGUUACUGCUGGUCCUGUGAUCCUGGAGAGUCCCAUCAGUGUGGUGGAGGGAGAGGAUGUGACUCUGCGCUGCAGAAACAAGACGAACUCACCCAACCUCUCAGCUGAUUUCUACAAAGAUGGACGCCUUAUCGGAAGAAGCUCUACAGAAAACAUGACAAUCCCCGGUGUUACCAAACGUCAUGAAGGACUCUACAAGUGUACCAUCUCUGGAGGAGGAGAAUCAGCUGAGAGUCGGAUGACUGUCCAAGCAGAGUAUAUUUAUUGA